CCAACAUCAAAUAAACAUAAAAAUCAAAUCAAAUGACACCAGAACAGAAAGCUACAUUCGAGGCAUUUUCAAAGUAUGAUUUCGACAAUGAUACCAGAUUCCAGUCAGGUGUGUCUUCAUUGAUGAAUCGUUACAAGAAAGAGUCGAUCGAUUCUGAUGAUAUUUUGGAGCGAGCCCAAUGGUUUUAUUACACAAAGUUUGUCGAGCCAUUUGAUCUAGAUGCCUUUAGAGAAUGGAAAGCAAAGAAAGAGGCUGAUGUUGACCAGGAGCAAAAACGCUUUACGUUUCAAGAGUUGGUGGAAAUGAUUGAAACAGGAAAGGAAAUCCCAGGCAUCAAACAAAUCCCAAACACUCUUAAUGAGGGUACACCCAGUCAACCGAAAUUAAACGUGCGUCGUAAACCAUGGGAAUCAGUUACAGAAUAAUUGACUAAUUGACCAAUUGACCAAUUGAUCGAUUAAUGGUCUGUAAUUAAUAAAAAAUGCAUUUUUAGUUUAAAAAUCGGCAAAUAUUUCCAGCAAUGCCAUUUUGGUUUGGUUGUAACAAAAGUGUAUGUAUAUUGGUUGAUUGGUUGAUUGAUUAUAUAAUAAAUAAAUAAAUAAAUAAGUAAGUAAUGAUGGUAUACUAUGUGAUAUUUGAUUUCCUUCUUUCUGCCUCUCUAUUAAGACACAUAUAUAAGAUAUUCCGUCUCAUUUGGUUUCAAAAAGAGAAAGUGUUCUUUAAAUGCCCAUCUGAUGAUGGUCGCACGAAUCAUCUGGGGUAACUGGCAGAGAAUAGGAGAACUUUGGAUUGACAGGUGCUCUACAGGGUAGUUGAUGGAGUAAAAGGGGCAGCUGAGGGCGUUUUGCUGACAGGGGUUGUGGAGAGGGACGGCUGAGGAAAUGGGAGGAUAGAGGAGACUGGACAAAUGUGUAUUCUUUCUUGGGUGACAAUAGUACUUGUUGCUGAGACUGCCAGCCCCAGAGACUGUUCUGUAAACGGCCAAUGGACGAUUUGAGGAUCCAGUUGGUGCAGUCCAAGGUGAUACUAGAGGUAAUUUCGAUGGCAAGCAGAGUGAACCUGAGGAUGAGAAACGAGGAUGUCAGGGUGCUUGUGAUCACUGCCAAUAUGGCAAGUGAAGUUAUCACCGCCAGAAUGAUUGGUGUUGCGAAUACACACAUAAUAGUAGUCGUAGCUGCAGCGAAUGUCAUUUUAUUUAUAUUUAUUUAAUUAAUUGAUUAACUGAUUAGCUAAU